GGUCGCGCCUCCAGGCACCGCCGGCCUCUGGCGCCCCGUGCGCUCCGCACCCCGCAGCCCCGGGCGGCCGCGUCCCGACCUGGAAGUUGCGGGUUCCGUGAGCCGAGACCCGGUGUCCGAGGUCGCGAAGACCAGCCGAGUCCGAGGCUCGCGUGUGCCGUGGAGUCGCGUGCGCCGGGACUCGCCCUCGUCCCCUGGGACCAUCCCGCGCACCCCCCCCGCCCCCAGCCUCCGCCCCGCGUCCCCGUCUCGCGACCCGGAGGCGCGCCGGUGUCGGCCCCCGCGACCCACCCCUCGGGACGUCCCGGCGCGCAGACAUGCGGCGCGCCAAGCCUGGCGCCCUGCCGCCCCUGCUGCUCCUGCUCGCGCUGGCGUUGUCCCUGCCCGGGGCCCAGGCGAGGCCCCGGGGUCGCCGAGGAGCCCGUGCCGUGGACCAGGAACCCCAGCCGUGGCCGUUUCUCCCCGCGGCCAGGGCCACCCGGAGCACAGAAAUGUUCCUAAAAGAUUCGAACUUAAAAGACAAAUUAAUAAAGCAUUUCACAGGGCCAAUCACGUUUCCAGAUGAAUGUAGCAUACAUUUCCAUCGACUGUAUCACAAUACCAGGGAUUGUUCAACGCCAGCUUAUUACAAGAGAUGUGCUAGAUUGCUUACAAGGCUGGCAGUGAGUCCCCUGUGCUCACAGACAAGACCUGCCCUAGGAGCAUUGCUUAAGAAUAUAAAUGCAGCUUGAAGGAAAAAGUGCCUGGAAUCAUGCUAACUGUACGAAGAGGGGAAGCAUCUAAUUUUAUGCUGUAUUAAGAUGAAAAUCUCAUCUGAGAUUUUACAGAAAUAAUUGAUUAGUUGUGUCCUUCCGUACAACGAAGUCUUUCUUGGUUUAUCUUUGUGUAUAGAGUAAUUUGAAAUGUUUUAAAACAAUGCUUAAAUCACACAACGUAAAUAGAAUAUUAAAAAAGUGUGCUAUUCUUUUAUGCUUAUUAUAUUAUUUUCUUAUAUGGUUAAUAUUCCAUAUAGGUAUGAAUUAAAGAUUUAAUUACAUAAAUUAUGUCUCAGAGUACUGGUGAGAAAUGAUUUAAGUAAUAUAUUUUUUUGAAUAAUCCUGUAUGAAGUCCACUUUUACAAUUCUUUUAAAUAAUAUUUAAAUACACCCAUUCAGAUUUGUCUUUAACUGCAAUAAUUGGAAAUAUGAAUUCUAUUAAAACUGAAAUAUAAAAGA